AUAGGCCUCUGUAUGGCCUUCAAUUUAAGCUGCUUACGCUUUGCCACUCUGCCAUGGGCCCCUGUACCGCCUCCUCUUGCUGCUGCCAGGUCCAGAGUGUGUCAUGGGUCCCUGUACGGCCUCCCAUUGCUGCUGACUUCAUCGCCAGACUCUGCCAUAGGGUGCUGUAUGGCCUUCCAUUGCUGCUGCCUCCACCGCCACCCUGCGCCAUGUGCCUCUGUCGUCUGCUCACGCUGCUGACGGCUUCCGCUCCGCCACUCUGCCAUUGGACUCUUGAUAGUCAACGACUAUCAAGAGUCCAAUGGCAGAGUGGAGGAGCAGAAGCAGCUUCAAUUGAAGGCCAUACACAGGCCUAGGUUUAAAAGUCCCUCACAGUUAAUUCCAAUAACGAACUCUACUCCUCCGUGCAAUCUACUUAC